AUGCCGCGGGUCAAGGUGGUGGACAAGGCGCUCUUGCAGUUCCAUAACCUUUCGGAGUGGGCCGACUACAUCGCCGCCCUCGCCCGGCUCCAGAAACUGCUCGUCGGCCACGAGACGCUGUUGGACGAGCUGGCCGUGGACGUGGCGCUGACGCUAGCCCGGUGUUUGCUGAGCCAAUUGCCUCUGGGGGUGCACCAGAAGGCAUUGGGGGUGUAUAUCCAAAUAUUCCUGGCAUUUUCCGAUGCUCAUAUCAAUGAAACUGUCGAGCUUUGGCUCCCUGGUUUGUUCCCCGUACUCAGUUUUGGGGCGCUGGCGGUGAAACCAGUGGCGUUGGGAGUGAUUAGAGACCAGGUGAUGCUGCGCUUGACGGCGAAACUGUUGGAAGUGGUGGGAUUCCCGUUGCUUUGUGCUCUAUUACUGGGUCUUGAGGAUGAGACGCUGGAGUUGUUUGCCCUGUUCCACGCUACCGUGGAAACUUACAAACGGUUGGUUAACGACGACUCGGUGUUCUGGCAAAAGCUCAUGUUGGUGGUGAUCCGGCUGAGCGAACGGCGGAUGGGGGCGCUCCGGUGGAUCACUCGCCACUGGCCUAAGAUCACUGGCGAUGACAUUUCCGAUGAGGCUAAAGCGAUUUUGAACUUGGAGGCUGGUGGUCUUGCCGUACGCAUGUUUGUUGCUGCUAUUGCCGAUGAAGAUAUCGUCGUUGUUCGUGGCUUCUUCGAUACCCUUUUGACUCAAUGGCCUUUGCUGGAGUGUCAAAAACGAGUACUGGCUAAGGAUUUACAGCUAUUAGUAAUGGCGGUGGCCCUGGUUACAUUAAGACGCGAUAUGUCAUUAAACCGUCGUCUCUAUACCUACCUUUUGGGUCCGCUGGCGUCGGACCUGGUCACCUAUUUCCAAGAAUACGGGUUCGGUCCGCUUGUCCAGGGUUUACUAGCGAAAAUUGAGAUCAACGCCAACGAUGCCAUCCGCAUGCUGUUGCUGUUGGCGAUGGACCGGUGGGAGAUCAGUCAUUUGGUGAUUCCCAAAGUGUUUGGUGCUAUUUUGAACGUAUUUUGCACUUCGGAAGAUGCUAAAGUCACCGCUAGUUGUCGCCAAUACUUUGACGCGAUUGCUCCCGAAUACAUGUGGCGUCAAUUAAUCACUGGUGACGCUAAAACUACGCGCCAGCUUGUGGAUAACUGGCAAUUUCCCAGCGAUGGCAACGGCGACGUCGAGCUCGUGCUUGUUGCUCUUAUGUUCCUGGCCAACCACGCCCCUGAAACCCUUACUAGGCUUGUCCGCAUGUGUGCCCCGAUGGAAAAAGCCACCGAGAGCGACGGAGAGGAAACAGAGGUAUCAGUGGACGAGAUUAAGACUGAUGAUAUCACCACCAAUAUCGUCGACUACUACACCCAGAGAAUCGCCGAUAACGGACCUAAAGUACCUUACUCUAAGCCCCAGAUUCGUCGCCUUUUAGUGAAAGGAGUCGUGGACUUAUACAACCAAGCACCACGCCAGUACUCUCCCGUGGUGGUCGACGUGUGCAAUUUGACUGCCACCAAGCUCUCUGUGGCCGAUGUCGUCCACGAUGACGUACUUGCCAUUCAACAAGUGUUCUCCGUGGUGGAACCACCACUCCCCCUGCUGCUUUUAGCACAAUUAUUAAGUCAGCUAUUAGCUCGUGAUGACCUUCGCCAGGUGCCCAAACUUCUUGACUAUUUCCCUAGAGGUCAAGUGGAAGCAGGGAUCUUCCUUGAGCUUGCCAAGGGCGAAAGAGCGAGAGCGUACCAAGUGUUUGGCCAGUUGUGGCUCCAGUUUCUGCACCAUGAUCCUGAAGUAUUAUCUCGUCCAUUACAGUUGGUGGUGGACGCCGUGCCUGACCCUAGUGCCGUGGGGUGUCUUGCUGCCAUAUGCGAACUGCUGAGGCGUACUCCAUUAAUUCAAUUACUUGUGACACCGCCUCAAGACCCCGCUGAUUACGGCAGAUGGCAGUACCAUUUUAAUCUGGUGGUGGCGAUGGUGGAUGCCGUACCUCGAGCUCGUGAGGGAUUUUGUGAUGGAGAUGGCCGUGCCAAGUGGUCAUUAGUGACUCAGGUCGAGCGGUUAAUGACGGAAGCGGCCAUCGUUGAAGCUGAUGGUGAUCGCCAGUACUUUGAUGCUGUCACCGCUGGUUUACUUAUGGUACUGAAACUCGUCACUGGAGCCGAACAAGAGUUUGGUGACCUUGCCCAACGUCUAUUUGAAGCGACUUUACGCUUUGGCGGUAAAGGCGUCGCUUACGAAGCUGUACAAGCUAAAGCUCUUGACGUGCUCCAAGGGUUCCCUUCAUUAGCUAAAGUGGGUGAUGCCGUGGUUGACUAUAUCCUCAAGGGGGUGGAAGUUGCUCGAACUCCCGUGGUGGUCGAGAAAUGGAUUGCUGUCCUUGUGAGAACUUUACCCAUGGUGGGUGAAACCCAAUUCUUUUUCGCCGUGGUGCCAUUUACGGAAGCACUUAUCGCAAAGCUUGAUGACCCUGCUUUAGUGGAAGUGGUUUUCAAGGGCAUCAAAGAUAUGGCUACCAUCUCCCACUCCUACUCUCGUGCUCACCAAGGUACGGCUGUCGGUUCUGGUGCUCCUGGAACUCCACAAACACCAUCUUCAGCAUCGUUUUUGGGUAAAGUGUUUACGAUUGAGACCCCUGCAAGUGAACAAGAAGGUCGUCAACGUCAAGCCGCCACUGAACAAGCAGUCAGAAUCAGUGUGGCUGCCGCCGUCAAGGUGUGGACGUCACUGGAACUGGCCACUCGCCGCUUCCUUGUGAAGAAGUUACUCACUAAAUUGCUUGAUCUUGAACCAAAAUUGGUGGUAGAACUGUUGGUGGCAAAGGAGAAUGUUCGCUUAGUGAUGAUCGUCGAUGGCGGCCGCCAAGUGGUUGUGAGCCAAUUAUUUGAUACUGUCACUAGUGCUUCUGGUCUGCUCCAAACACGGACGCUGGAGUUCUUGGUGGAGUAUUUCCGGUUCGCUGUGGACGCCGAUAGUCUUGUCGAUAUCUGGCCGCAAACGUUUGAGUUCCUCCAGCUGGUAGCCGCUCACAAAACUGCUCUUCCUGGAGGGUUAAGACUCGCCGUGGAAGUGGGUCACUUGGCUAAACCUGGCGUUGCGCCGCCACCAGAGCUUGCUGAUACUGUGGUCAAAUUAGUCAACUUAGUGCUGCAAAUGGAGCCUCGUCGCUCGGAACCGGAGGCUACCCUUGCCGAAGUGCUUCCUCGAGUACUGACGAUUUAUGGGAGUGAUUCCGACAAGCUUGUGGCCACUACCAACACUGUGGUGUAUAAUGUCGUGGCUCCUGAGCUUAAACGGGCGUACAAGACUAGCUUGGCUCUGGUAUCGCCGCAAAUCAUUUCGGUAAUGGCGACCUUGGGUAAACUUUCCCCGACUAAGCUGUGGCGACAAACGGUAAUUGAAGUGUUCCAUCUGCCUCUGUUCUUCGAUACUGAACCCGCUGCUUGGGGCCCUGUACUCAAACUCUGGAUCAAACAGGAUAUCGAUAAGUUUGGUGAGCUUUUGACCAAAGCAGCUCCCGCCACGCUGCUGAUCUCGCUCUGGGGUGAAGGUCUGAGUGCUGAAACCAAAGAGAAGAUUGGCUCAUUGAAGAGAGUGGCUUACCUCCUUCUAAUUGGCGAUGUUGACCAAUUCUUGGGUCAGUUUGAUGCUAUCUGUGACUUAAUUGAUAACUCGUUAGCCAUGGGUGAUAAAGUCCCCGCUGAGUACCUUGCGGCGUUGACGGUGAUGGUGCGAGCGAUGCUGAUUCGCUUCUCUGAGCUCCACUUAUUACCGAAAUGGACAGGGAUCAUUCAAUUAAUCAUGGUGGGGUUGCGUCCGUUAGCCACUCCCGAGAGGGCUAAGUUCACCGCAGGACAAACCCAGUUGGCAUUGGGAGCAGCCAAGCUUUUAGACCAGCUUCUCUUACUUGGCUACGACGAGUUCUCGCUCGCCGAAUGGAUGUUCAUCGGUGAGACUGGAGUCGUCAGUGCCAUUGUUCGUCAACAACACCAACAAAAAGACGCGGUUACCGUCGCUUCAGUGAGCAUUGACUCCACUUAUGACCACCCGCUUGCUCCCCUCCUUAAAGGAGUGACAUCCGUGGCACUGGUGGCGGCUCUCCGCUCAUUUUUCAACGGGCUUAAAGUGGUCCACUACGAACGGGUAUACUCGAUGCAGCACGUCGACGGUGCCGCCAUCGACGCUGACGUCUACGCCGACGUGUUUGACUAA